AUGGCACCAUUAAAUAAAGCACGUGAACUAGCUAAACGAGAAGCAGCAGAGAAAAGAAAACAGUUUUUAAAAGUGGACAAGGAGAACAUAAACGGGUUAUCAUCAGUAAUGUUGGUGAAAAUCCAAACACCGAAGAUCAACGAAAUAAACAAACAGGAGACUAUUCCUAGUAUUAUGACCAUAAAUAAGGCAAGGAGCAUCAAUGAACAAGAACAGUGGAAUCAACCAUUUGACUGGAGAUUUGUAACAGAGAACACAUUGUACAAAUAUAUUCCAUUUGAAAAAAAUAUCAAUAUAUCACAAGCAAUGGACUACGUGACGGAUAAACUUAAACAACACGAACCACCAACAAAAACAAUUAAGGCAGUAGACAAGGACACGCCAAUUUGGUAUAUGUCCAGAAAUGCGAUUCGUCGCGCACUUUACAAGGCGUCCAUACAAAGACAGACUGUGUUGAAUCCUGAAUUAGUUCAACCAACAACAUCUUCUGUGCCAAAAAUAAAGACACCUCCACAUACAAGACGGAGAAAUUCCACUAAAACUCAACAGCCAAUAUCGCCUCCAAUAUUUGAGGGUCCAGCAAUAUCCAAUGUGACAGCGAGAUUGGGCGAGAGCACGUUUCUAUACUGCACAGUCCAAAACUUGAAACAGAGACCGGCUCUACUUCUGGCGCGUUCAGCACGUGAUGGUGUACUUCGGUCUAUUCGUAAUCUCGACAGUUUAGCGAAUGAGGCUAAAACAGAUGUUGACAAGCAGCAUGUAUUCUUGGCUCGCGUAAUCUCACUUGAAAAAUACAUUUCUCAGUUCGAAAAGUAUCAACAAGAAAUCCUCGCGUCUUUAGUCGAUUUGAAUUUAGUACGAGAGUUUGAACAGGUUGACGCACUUGUUGCGGAUGCUAUGGAAGAAAUGUGUGGAACGAUUAGGUCAACGAUGGAACAGUUGCAACCAAAACGUACACCGAAUGAUGAAUUUCGUUCACUAAAUAGUGGUGGGGUUCCUCAAGCUUAUCAUACAGUUAGUUUACCUAAAAUAGAAUUACCAAAAUUUGACGGCAACGUAAUUGAAUGGUGUACAUUUCGUGAUAUGUUUCAGUCGCUUAUACAUAAUAACAAGGCGAUUUCAGAUAUUGAACGUUAUCACUAUUUAAUAUCCUGCUUAUCAGGUCCAGCACUCACUAUCGUCAAAGCUGUCCCGUUGAGUGCGGACAACUAUUCAAUUGCUUGGAAUGAGUUAACAAAAUGUUAUGAAAACCGCCGGUUAUUGGCAACUGCACACGUAGAUAAGUUAUUUGCUUUUGCCCCUCUCAAAAAAGAAUCUGUGUCGUCGCUGUUGUCCUUUGUACACACUUUUCGUGAAAAUGUUUCGGCCAUUAAUGCACUCGGAAUCGAAAAUAUAUCCAGUUUCUUACUUUUUUAUAUUGGAGUUCGCGUUAUAGAUACUGAAACACGUCGUUUAUUUGAAGCUAGUAUACCACAGUCUGAGAUACCAAGUUUAGACGACUUAUUAAAUUUCAUUUCUCAAAGAUGUAAAAUAUUAGAAAACAUCGGUAAAAGUGCUGAGAAGGUAGAGUUGGUGUCAAAACCUAAUUUAAAAAAAGGUAAGGGUGCUCCGUCAGUCAAGUCUUCUUUAACUUCAACUACUAACAGCUCAAGGCCGUCACAGAAGACCUCAAAAUGCUUAUAUUGUCAACAUGAACACCACCUUUAUCGGUGUUUCUUGUUUAAGAAGAUUUCGACAGAUUUGCGGCGGAAGUUCGCCAGUGACAACUGUUUGUGUUUUUGUUGUCUGAAGACUGGUCAUUCAGCAAACGCAUGUUCGUCAACAUUCAGAUGCAAAACAUGUCAGAGUAAACAUCAUACACUGUUACAUUUAGAUUGCGAUAAUUUAUCGGUAAAGGAAAUAAAUCAAGAACGCGGUGACAAAUCACAACCGAACAAUGUUGACUCGGAACCUUCUGCCAGCCUAUCAAAAUUUGCCGGCACUACAUGUACAGACAAAACCGUAGUGUUAGGAACAGCGAUUGUGCGCAUAUUUGAUAACACAGGAGAAUUACAAACUGUUCGUGUUUUAUUAGAUGGAGGUUCUCAAGUUUCAGUAAUGACUUCCGAAUGUGUCAACCGUCUCGGGUUGCAGAGGCAUAAAACUUGCACGAACGUAUCUGGAUUAUCUCAACAACCAGUAACGAAGAUCAAGGGUAGUACACAUUGCAGAUUUGUUCCCUUAACAGCUAAAGAGCCACAAUUUGUUGCUUCAGACAUUAUUGUGCUUUCACAAAUUACCAGACACAUGCCAAGUGAGAAAUUACCUGCAUCGGUCCGCGAACGAUAUCGUCAUCUGAUAUUGGCGGAUCCUGCUUUCGACGUUCCUGGACCAAUCGACAUGUUAAUUGGAAAUGAUUUAUACCCACUGGUCUUACCGACAAAGACAGAUGUUAUUCACAGUCCAGGAUUGCCGUCAGCUAUGAGUACAACGCUUGGAUGGGUAAUAGGUGGUGCUUUAAACAAGUCAACAAUGUCACCAGUUGUCUCACUCUCCAUUACUGAGUCUCCGUCCAUUGAAGGACUUCUACAACAGUUUUGGAAGGUAGAACAACCACCAAUUCCAGAUUUACCGACGACGGAAGAUGAAUUAGUCGAAGAAUGGUUCCGAAAAACAGUCAACCGAGAUUCCACAGGAAGAUUUUGUGUUGCCCUUCCAUUCCGCUCACGAAUCAUGGAUAACCUCGCCAAUCGUACACCUAUUGUACUUGGUCCAUCACGAACAAUGGCUUUAAAUCGACUCUAUAAUUUAGAACGCCGUUUAACAAAGGACCCUGAUUUAUAUUCCGCUUACCGAAAGUUCAUGAAUGAUUAUUUGUCUCUUGGUCAUAUGCGACCUGCAAUCAAUCCAGGGAAGUAUUUCAUUCCACACCACCCAGUUGUUAAACGAAGUAACGACAACAUAAAAAUACGAGUAGUUUUUGAUGCAUCAGCAAGAUCGUCAACCGGUUAUUCACUCAAUGAUUGUUUGGCAACUGGUCCCAAGUUACAACUGGAUAUUAGCGACGUCUUAUUACGCAGCCGAUUUCACAAGUAUUUGUUUAUUGCUGACAUCGAGAAAAUGUACAGGCAAAUAAAUAUCUGCGAGGAGGAUUGUGCAUAUCAGCACAUACUUUGGCGAAACUCACCAGAUGAAGAAGUCCAGGAGUUUCAGUUGUGUACUGUCACUUAUGGUAUGAGCUCAGCCCCAUUUUUGGCCAUGCGAUGUUUGCAUCAGUUAAAUGAAGAAGACGGACCUUCCUAUCCACUUGCAUUUAAUAUAUUAACAACAUCUACCUACGUUGACGAUAUUGUCGCAGGGGCAAAUACGGUAGAAGAUGUUCUCCAAUUAAAACAGGAAAUUGUGGCAUUACUUCGUCGAGGGAAUUUCAACUUAAAAAAGUGGGCCAGCAACUGCACAGAAGUUUUGGAAAACAUCGACGUCGAAGACCGUGCACUUGAUUCAAUUAUUGAAGCCAAAGACGUGCAUUCCGUCAAGGUGUUAGGCUUACACUGGGAUACAAAUGUGGAUGCCUUUGGUUAUCAUACAAGUCCUGAAAACCCUGUCGUUACAAAACGGUCAAUAUUAUCCACAAUUGCGCGAUUGUAUGAUCCCAUUGGGGUACUCGGACCAACGAUAUUUUGGGCUAAGUGUGUCCUACAAGAGCUUUGGAUACAAAAGCUUAAUUGGGAUGAGCCACCCUCAAUCUCUGUAAUUGAUAAAUGGAAAAUGUUUAUUAAUGAUUUACCAUUAUUGUCAGAUUUGUCGCUACCUCGUCAUAUUGACGUACGUCAAGUGAAAAGCGUGCAGCUAUUAGGUUUCGCCGAUGCCUCCCAAAAAGGGUAUGCAGCUGUGGUAUAUAUAAGAAUCGUGGAUGCACAAGAGGUUGUCAGGAUUCAUUUCAUUACAUGUAAGAGCAAGGUUGCCCCCCUUAAAUCAUCGGACGCAGACAUUACCUUAACUAUACCACGGUUAGAGCUAUGUGCUGCUUUACUUCUCUCACAACUCCUAUCGCACCAAUUAGAGGUACUUCAGCACGUUGUUAACAUCGAACGGGUACGUGCCUGGACGGAUUCCACCAUCGUUUUGGCAUGGCUAACCACAGAACAAAAGAAACUGAAGAUAUUUGUCACAAACAGAGUUGCGAAAAUUCGAUCUCUGAUUCCAAUGUGUGAGUGGGCCCAUGUGACAUCUGGGGACAACCCUGCAGACCCGGCGUCCCGAGGAACACUUCCCAAGGAGUUGGUUUCACAAUCACUACACAUACAUGGACCCUAUUUUCUACAUCUUCCUGAACACCAAUGGCCUGUGAUUUCUUUAUCCAAGUUAAAGUUACCAGCCACGGAUCAAUUGCCUGAGGUUAAAAAAUUCUCGGAAUGCACUUUGCAUGUUCAUCAAGUUGAAAAUCCCGAAGAUAUGUUAAAGCGAUUUUCUUCACUAACAAGGAUGCAACGUGUUUUAUCUCAUUGCUAUCGCUUCAUACAAAAAGCUCGCCGGAAAUUUACCACUGAUGGCCCUAUUAGUUGUCACGAAGCAGAAAACAUUUUGAACAAAUGUGUCAAAUUUACACAAAAUUCACAUUGGCCACAAUUAUCAAAACAAUUAAUGAAUCCUCAGGCAACCAUCACACCAAGUAGUUUAGCUCAACUGGCUCCAUUUUUAGAUCCAAACGGGAUAAUUCGAGUUGGCGGUCGUUUGAAGUUUUCCACGCUUGAUGAAAGUGCUGGAUGCUUAGUACUUUUACCGAAAAAUUCGGUGUUGACCAGAUUGAUUAUUUUGCAUUAUCACCAGUGUUUACUGCAUGGAGGAAUGAGAUUGGUAAUGUCUAUGAUUCAUCGGAAAUUUUGGAUCAUUUCUUGUCGAUCUGCUAUAAAGGAGGUCAUCCAUUCUUGUGUUACAUGUAUUCGGUAUCGUGCUGCCUGUCCUAAACCAUACAUGGCUAAUUUACCAUCUAUUCGGGUACAACCUGAUUAUCCUUUUACAAACGUCGGCAUGGAUUAUGGUGGACCUUUUGUUGUAAAAGAAGCACGAAGGCGGAAUUCUAGAACGCAAAAGGCAUAUAUCGCAAUAUUUGUAUGUAUGUCAGUUAAGGCUAUACACGUGGAGGUUGUUACUGACUUGUCAACAGAAACUUUUUUAGCAGCUUUUGACCGUUUCAUCGCGCGUCGUGGUGUACCAACAGAAAUCCGGUCAGAUUGUGGAACCAAUUAUGUCGGUGCUGCCCGAGAAUUUAAAAAUCUAUUUAAGGAUUCGGCAACAAGAGACGCAGUUCAAGCAAAGGCUCUCUGCCAAUGGAAAUUCAAUCCUCCUGCAGCACCCCAUUUUGGUGGAAUAUGGGAAGCCGCCAUAAAAAGUGUCAAGACUCACCUCAAAAAGGUUAUAGGCUCUCAAGUAUUCACUGUUGAAGAAUUCACCACUCUUGCAAUCCGCAUUGAAGGGAUUCUAAAUUCUCGGCCACUAACUCCGAUAUCGGGAGAUCCGAAUGAUUUAAAUGCUCUAACACCCGGUCAUUUUUUGAUCGGUCGCCCUAUCAGUGCCAUCCCUGAACGAGAAUUAACCAUGACUCCAAUGAAUCGAUUAAAUAGGUGGCAAUUGAUCAAGCAAGCUCAACAGUCAUUUUGGAAAAGAUGGAGUCAAGAAUAUCUACAGACACUCCAAACCAGACAAAAAUGGACUUCCCCGAGUCCCUCCCUCGCUGUCGGAGAUCUUGUAGUGAUAAACUCUCCAAACCGUCCAUCUAUGUCAUGGCAACUGGGGCGAAUCCUGCAGACACACCCGGGUGCCGACGAUGUAGUCCGUGUGGUGACAGUCCGAACAGGUGACGGUAUCCUCAAGAGACCCGUAGUAUCGUGGGUUCGUCGUCGAGAUUGGCAUAUACUAAGCUCCGGUGUUUUUAUGUACACAAAUGAUGACCGAUUUCAUGUAAUGCAUGCAGAUAACGCAGAUAAUUGGGAUUUACAGAUCAAAUAUGUACAAAAGAGAGAUGCUGGUUCAUAUGAAUGCCAAGUGGCAAUGGGGACGGGUAUUGCUUCGCAUUACUAUAACUUGGAUGUGAUUGUACCAACAGCAAGAAUUCUAGGAAGAGAAGAGUACCAUAUUGGAAAAGGAAGCACAAUAAAUCUCAUAUGUGUCAUAGAAAAUGGAUCCUCGUCAACAAGGAAUGUCGUUUGGGUUCAUAAUGGAAUUCCUAUAUAUAAUAUUAAAAAUAACAAGAAAGAUGAUCCUAGUCCAAUUAUGGUAACUACUGAAGUCAUACAACCUGACAAUACCAUUCAGAGUAGGUUAUUUAUUCGAGGGGCAUCUCCAUCAGCUUUGGGAAAUUACACAUGCACAGCGCCAUACACUGAACCCGACACGGUUAAUGUUUACGUGAGCGAAGGUUAA